AUGUCGGGUCGCAGGACCUCGACGGUCCAAGACGCUAUGAGGGUAGUGUACUUGCCGUUUCCGGUGACCUGCCCCGACGAGCGAUACUCCCGCCGUCCCCGGCAAACACUGUUGGCCGAUCCAGGCGAAGCCAGACCAACGCCAUGCAUGCUGAAGGUGGGCCAGCGCAGCAGAAGCGAGGAGGGUGACAUCGAAGCCAACAGAGCGAUCCAGGUGAACGCCGUCCUCGACAAGGGCAUAAAUAGCAGGCUGGAAUGGCCGCCCUGA